CAUGAUCUUCCUUCCUCAGUAAUCAACACAACACAGCCUGCAUGGUCACUGACGCGUAGCGUUUGCCUGUUUGUACUUUGCGGUUUUCAUUUUCAUCCCGGCAGUUUUAAACUCAUUUUACAGAAAAUAGUCAAUACUUUUAGGAUGGUCUCCAUUGAUCGGUUAAUUGCAAUAAUUGCUGUUAUUUGUGUAACAGCAGUUACAUCUAAAUAUACAUCCACACAACCAAACAUUAUUCUUAUUGUAGCAGAUGAUUUGGGUUGGAAUGAUGUUAGCUUUCAUGGAUCUGAACAAAUACCAACACCAAAUAUUGAUAAGUUAGCAUAUGAAGGAGUGAUACUUUUCAACUAUUAUGUACAACCAAUCUGUACCCCCACACGCAGUGCAAUCAUGACAGGAAGACAUCCAAUCCAUACAGGAUUGUACCAUAAUGUCAUUAUGGGUCAGGAACCAUUUGGCCUCAGGCCAAAUGAGACAACAGUGGCUCAGUAUCUCCGCGGGUUAGGCUAUUCUACAGUGAUGAUUGGAAAGUGGCACCUAGGAUUCUUUGCCAAAGAGUACACUCCCACUUAUCGUGGGUUUGACUACCAUUUGGGCUACUACACCGGUAAAGAAGAUUACUUUGUUCACACAUCAAAUGAAAAAAUAAAAGGGGAGUCUCAUGCAUUCUGGGGUUAUGACUUUCACAAGAAUGGUGAAGUCUACAAACCUACAUUUGGGCAGUACUCGACUGAGCUGUAUGCUAAAGAAGCUAUUAAUAUACUGGAGCAGCACAACAAGUCAAAGCCCCUGUUCUUGUACCUUCCAUUUCAAGCUGUUCAUAGUGCCAAUGAAGAUGACCCAUUACAGGCACCACAGAAGUAUAUUGAUAGAUUCCCAUACAUUAAGAACAAACAGAGGAAAGUGUAUGCAGCUAUGGUCUCUGCACUGGAUGAUGCUAUAGGAAACUUCACUGCAAGUCUAAAGGAGACUGGUUUAUAUGAUAAUUCAGUCAUUUUAUUUACAACUGACAAUGGUGGUCCUGUUUGCGGAUUUGAUUACAACUGCGCCAGCAACUUCCCUCUGCGCGGUGUCAAGGCUACCCUCUGGGAGGGCGGUGUCCGGGGUGUUGGAUUUGUGAACAGUCCGCUUUUGAAGAAACCAGGCAGAAUUUCGGAAGACCUGGUUCAUGUAUGUGACUGGUUACCAACAAUUUACCAUUUAGCUGGGGGUGAUGCUGGCAAACUGAAGAACCUUGAUGGAUAUAACCUAUGGCAGACUAUCUCUAGUGGCGAGCCAAGUCCCAGGAAAGAGGUUCUUCACAAUCUCGAUACUGUUGGGAAUUUUUCAGCCAUAAGAAUGGGAGACUAUAAGCUUGUUGUUAAUAGCAACUACAAUGGAACAUGGGAUGGCUGGUAUCCUACCAAAGACACAGAUGAAGAUUUUGUUAUACCUGUAAAUGCAAACCCGCAGGCAUCUGUGGUUCAUUGCCCACCAAAGCCACCAGAUGUAGAAACAAAUUGUCAACCGUUUAAAGCACCAUGUUUAUUCGAUAUAAGAAAUGAUGCUUGCGAAUAUAUGAAUAUUGCUGGUCAACAUCCAGACAUAGUUUCAAAGCUGUUAGCCAGGCUAGCUGAGAUUCUACCAACAGUUGUACCAGAAGCUAACAAGCCAGAAGAUGUCAAUGCAGACCCAAGGCUACACAGUGGUAACUGGGUACCUUGGAUUAACCUAACACAAUAUAAUUCAGUCUAGCUUUUUUUAAAGAAUAUUCAAUACAAAUAAUUUGUCUUUCAAUGUUUAACUUUCAAUGAAUUAAUUUGAAAUAAUAUAUAAUUAUAUUUUAUAAAUAAAUUGUUCAAUUUGUUGGCUGAUCUGUUUUAGACAUAGUUUAUUAGUGAUAGAAUUCAAAAGCUAUUUUUUACUUUGCCUAUUUUUGUGCUAAACAGCAAUUUCUACAUUAUAAUUGUUUAUAAGUCCUGACCAGACUAUCAAUUUUAUUUGACAAAAAAUGUGACAUAUCUAAAUAUUGGCAUGAUGACAUCGUGUCAUGGACAUAUAUAGGCACAUUAUGUCUGUAUAUGGGCAUACAGCUGUUUUUUUUUCAAAGAAAAUUUGAUCGUUUGGACAAACCUUUAUAUCUCCAUUGCUCAAUUGUUUUCCUGGUUUGUUUGCAUGUCAGAAUUGUUUAUUUUUCUGUAGUGUAAAAAAUUAAAUAAAUGGUAACAGAUAAGACAUUAAUUUGUUAGAAAAAAAAAAGUCCUUUUGAAUGAAUCUUGCUUAUGAUAUAGCAUUUAAUAGCUAUAAUAUAUCAAGAAUAAAUCAUUUGUUCAAACUUUUGAAAACAGAAUUUUAUCAAAGAUUUGUAAAACCUUGUGUGCAUAAAAUUGCUAAAAUGCUAUCACAACAAGUUUUUGCGAAUCUGAUUAGUCUGUUCUUGAUUAGGCCGGGGACAAUAACGCAGUGUUACAAAUGUAGUGAAAACGUUGUAGCAACAUUGUAGUAAAUAUACGGAAAUCAGGCCUAAAAUAAUAAAAGAUAAUGUUGAAUAGUUCCUUGAGCCUAUAUUAUUCAAUUAUUCUAAUUAUUCUAACACUGUACUUAAUUUGUAAAUGAUAAAAGAAAGCAAUAAAAUUACAGUACUUCAUAAAUUUUUAUUAAAAUAUGGUGGUAACCUAUAA